GAUCAUAUCAAGCAGCAACAGCAAAGACUUCCUUCCUUCUCUCUUUCUUUCCCUCUUUGCCUUUUACUCAGACCACAGAACGGAUUAGACGGGACUCUUAACGCCGUUAGCAGUUUAACGGCCACCUCCCUGUCCCUCUCUCUCGUCCUUGUAGGAGACCCAAUCGGGUUUUCUUUUUUUUCUUUUGGUCCCUGUCUUUUCUAGUUCUGUCCGGUUGUUCAGAGACCAAAAAAACAAGCAAUCUCUAUACCUCUCUCUGGCGAGGGCUAGGAAUCUCGCCGGAGAAUCGCGGUGGUUCGCCGGAAAUUCCAUAGAUUCCGACGGAAGCUGAUGAAAGCUUUGGUGGAGCUGGAGACAGAGAGAGAGAGAGAGAGAAAACGUGUAGCUUGUGAGCAAUUCUUUUUUUAAUAAUAAUAAUAAUAAAAAAAGAAGGAAAAGAAAAGGAAGAGCAAUGAAAGCAUAAAAGGGCCAAAAAAUAAAACUAAAAAGGAAGGAAAAUUAAGAGAGAGUAAUAGAGAGAGGAUGGGUUUGGAAGGGUGGGGAGGUUAACGUGCAAUGCAGGAAAAAAGGGCAUCAAAGAAGCUUUGGAGGAUCUUACACGGCACAGAUGCCUAGAUGAUCCCUUCUUCAAUCCCCUUGCCUUAUGCCGUAAUUUAUUCUAUUUUUUAUUUUUCCUCUGCCUCUUCAUCCUUGUUUUAAAACUCCUUUAUCCCAAUCUCUCUCUCUCUCUCUCUCUUUCUAUUUCUCGCUUUGCGCCCCGAAUGCGAUUUGAAAUUUCUACGCUUUGCUGCUGUUGAAUUCUCGUCGCAUUUCAAGUUUUCCGGCUGUUUUUUCUUUCUUUGAUCGUCUGAUCGAUUCUCCUAUUUCGUUUCUCGGAAAAGUUUAUUGAGGCAGACUGAGUUCUGGAAGUCAAAGAACGAGCCUGACAACCAUGCAAGUUGGAAAUUAAUUGCAUCACCAUCUCCAGAGAAACUUAUACAAGUAGAACAUCAGAAAGUGAAGUUACUGGAACAUCCCGAGUCUUUCCUUAUGCGAGAUCAGCAAGUCAAUUUCAGCUUAAAUAGAUACUCUGUGGGAGCAGAGAGGCCAUUCAGUCAUUCCUUGCCUUUGUUGAAACCCAUAGAACAUGAUGAAGGAGCAAGGUCUAAUUUGAAAGCAGAACCAGAAUCUUAUCUUGUGGAAGGUGGCAUAGUCAAUAAGAUGGGUUCUCAGUAUGAGAGUAGUCUUUUCUCGAGUUCAUUGUCUGAGCUAUUUAGUAGGAAGUUGAGAUUACCAUCAAACAGUAACAUGUAUGGUCAUUCAGUUGAUACUUUUGCCUCCCACUGCGAGGAAGAGGAAAUCUUUGAAUCUCUUGAAGAAAUAGAGGCUCAAACGAUUGGAAAUCUCCUACCUGAUGAUGAUGACUUGCUUUCUGGAAUUACUGAUGGGCUUGACUGUAAUAUCCAGUACAGUGGUGGGGACGAAAUGGAGGAGCUAGACCUUUUUAGCAGUGUUGGAGGGAUGGAUUUGGAAGAUGAUGGUUUAUCUGCUGGACAAAAUAGUUCUGAAUUUGCUGGAGGAGUUUCUAAUGGUCUGCCUGGGUUAUGUAAUGGUUCAGUUGUUGGAGAACAUCCUUAUGGUGAACACCCCUCAAGAACAUUAUUUGUAAGAAAUAUAAAUAGCAAUGUUGAAGAUUCUGAGUUGAGAACCCUUUUUGAGCAAUACGGAGACAUUCGCACUCUUUAUACAGCCUGCAAGCAUCGUGGUUUUGUCAUGAUCUCCUAUUAUGACAUUAGAGCAUCCAGAAAUGCAAUGAAAUCACUCCAAAACAGGCCAUUGAGGCGAAGGAAACUUGACAUACAUUACUCGAUCCCAAAGGACAACCCCUCUGAAAAAGAUGUUAACCAGGGUACUCUUGUUGUAUUUAACCUUGAUUCUUCUGUUUCAAAUGAUGAACUUCGUCAGAUUUUUGGUGUCUAUGGAGAAAUCAAAGAGAUCCGUGAAACCCCACACAGAAGUCAUCACAAAUUUGUUGAAUUUUAUGAUGUUAGAGCUGCAGAAGCUGCUCUUCGAUCGUUAAACAGGAGUGAUAUAGCUGGCAAACGAAUUAAGCUAGAGCCAAGCCGUCCUGGUGGUGCAAGACGUUUGGGGCAACAGUUGCCUCCGGAGUUGGAGCAAGAUGAAUGCAGCCUUUAUUUGCAGCCAAGUAGCCCUCCUAUUAACUCAACAACUGGUUUUUCUGUUGCACAUGCAAUUACAUCCACUGGUGUAGAUAAUGGAACUAUCAUUGGUGUACACAGUGCAAUACAAACUCCAUCUCUGGAUACUGCAUUCCAUCAUGGUAUUUCUUCCAGUGUUCCUAACAGCUUACCAUCUCUGGUUAGAGUUGAAUCAGUUGGCAAUCAAUCUAGUGUUACCGACUCCACUCAUUCAUUAGGACCAGUAAAAUUUGAUGUCCAUGGCACACCAGCUUUUCAUCCUCAUUCACUUCCAGAGUAUCAUGAUGGUUUAACUAAUGGUUCUCACUGCAAUUCUCCGGGAACUGCUACUGCAACUGUCAAUCCUAGACCUCCAGAAAGAAUUGAUAAUAGACAAUUUUGCAGAGUAAACUCAAAUGGCCAUUCGAUUGAUCUUAGUGAAGGUGUUUUCGGAUCUGCUGGUAAUAGUAGCUGCCCUCUUCCUGGACAUCAUUUUACAUGGAGCAACUCAUAUCACUCUCAACCUCAAGGCAUGAUGUGGCCGAACUCACCAUCAUUUAUGAAUGGAAUUUGUGCAGCCCAUCCCCCUACACGACUCCAUGCAGUGCCUAGAGCACCAUCUCAUAUAUUGAACUCUACUUUAUCCAUGAGCAACCACCAUGUGGGGUCAGCACCAGUGGUUAAUCCUUCCCUCUGGGACAGGCGGCAUGCCUAUGUAGGGGAAUCCCCUGAGGCUUCUGGUUUUCAUCCAGGUUCCCUUGGGAACAUGAGAAUUUCAAACUCACCUCAUUCCAUUGAAUUUCUUUCUCAUAACAUCUUUCCUCAUGUUGGUGGCAACUGCAUAGAUAUGUCAAUUUCCUCCAAAAAUGUAGGACUACAGUCCCAUCAUCAGAGGUGCAUGAUGUUUCCAGGAAGAGGCCAAAUGGUUCCACUUAUGAAUUCAUUUGAUCCCCCUAAUGAAAGGGCUAGAAGUCGUAGAAAUGAAGGCAACUCAAAUCCAGUUGACAACAAAAAACAAUAUGAACUGGAUAUUGACCGCAUAAUGAGAGGAGAAGACAACCGAACAACACUUAUGAUAAAGAACAUUCCUAACAAGUACACUUCAAAGAUGCUUUUGGCUGCAAUUGAUGAACGCCAUCGAGGAACUUAUGAUUUCAUUUAUCUACCAAUUGAUUUUAAGAACAAAUGCAAUGUGGGGUAUGCAUUCAUCAACAUGACUGAUCCCGGCCUGAUUAUUCCAUUCUAUCAGUCAUUUAAUGGCAAGAAAUGGGAGAAGUUCAAUAGUGAGAAGGUUGCAUCUCUAGCCUAUGCUCGUAUUCAAGGUAAAGCUGCUCUGAUUGCACAUUUCCAAAACUCAAGCUUGAUGAAUGAGGACAAGCGAUGCCGACCUAUUCUCUUCAAAACUGAUGGCCCACAUGCAGGUGAUCAGGUGCCAUUUCCAAUGGGAGUUAAUGUUCGAACGAGACCCGGAAAAGCUCGAACAAAUACACAUGAGGAUAAUUAUCAGGAAAGCCCGCCAAAUUUGGUAAAUGGGGAGGAUACUUCUCAAGGAGAAACGUCUUUUGGUUCUGCAAAGGAGUCAGACUAAGCAUGCCACUUAUUUUUUGUGGGCACUAACCUUGUAGGACUGAGUAACUAAUCUACGUCUACCUCACUACCUGGUGACAUAACAGGGGUGCCUGAAGAGAGGGAAAAAUAAGUUUCUUUCGUGAUUGACAAGCUAUUGAAAAUGGAGACAAAUGCUUAGCCAAUGCUAAGCGGUUUUUCCAAUUUUCUUCAGAUUUUUCAUAUUGAAUUGUGAAAUGCUUAGCCAAUGCUAAGUGGUCUUCCAGUUUUCUUGAGAUUUUCUUGUAUAAUUCUGGAACAGUUGUGGGAGAGAAAGAAGAGAGGAAGUAUGAGGUGUAGCUUCGAAAUUUUGAAUGGACUAUUGAGAGUAACCAUAUACAUUAAGAGAAAAAAACAAAAAAAGGAAAGAAAAAUUCAUGUAUAGGAGUUUCUGGGCAAUGAAGAGAUGGUCUGAUGCGGUUUGAGGAGAUAUAAUUGCUAUAUAUCAUCAUUCUUUUUCUUUUCC